GGGGGCACCCGGGAGUAGCCUCCCUGAGCCCAGCACAGACGGUGGAGUCGCUGGGCUGCUGACGCUGUAGACAGCUCCUAGGACGGACAGAUGGUGCAACACUUGGCCUGGCGAUGGGGUUCAGGGGGACAGUUUCCGUUGUUGACAUCACUAUUGCUGCUGCUGCUGACUGGUCUCCGUUCUGGGACGUGCCUGGUCGCCCCAGAACUCAUCAGCUAUGUGCCCCGGCUCUCAAACGCCACCCUGGCAGGGAAGCUCACACAGUCCACCUUCACGCUGCAGCAGCCUCGGGGUCGGUUCAGUCCCAAAAUCUCUGACUUUGAUGCCAUCUGGCUGGUGGUGGCCCACAGCAAUGCCACCCAGAGCUUCAUUGCCCCACAGAGGGUGAAGGAUUCUCCUGCCCCUGCUGACUUGCCCCUGAAGGGCUACUACCUCACACUGAGGGCCAGUCGGGCGCUCUACCCGGGCGACCAGGCUGGUAACCAGCUCCAAGUCCUCCGAGUGGGCAAUGACACCCGCUGCUCCCUAACCACAAAGGGCUGCAACCACCCCCUGCCAGGCCCGGGCCCCUACCGGGUGAAGUUCCUGGUGCUGAGUGAUGACAGGGGGCUGGUGGCUGAGACAGAGUGGUCCGGUGAGACCCACCUGCAGCGAGCCGAGGUACUCCAGGCUUCCCCAGGGCCACAGACCGCGGGCACUGUGGUCAUCAUCACCUUCCUGUCAGUCCUGCUGGUCGUGCUCCUCACCGCCCUCCUGGCCCUGCUCAUCUACAUCUGCCCCUUCUCCCGCAAGCAGUUGCCCAUCUUCUGGGCCUGCGACUUGACCAUGGAAGACCAUGACCUCCUGCUCACAGGCGCCCAGGAAGCUCCUCAUUCCAAACACACAACACCCCUCCCCCCAACCCCUCCAGCCAAACCUCCAGCUGCCUGCAGCCUCGCUCCUCCUGGUCCCCUGGUGCUCCGGCACCCAGGAUGA